CGUCCGGCCGUCCACUGGCCCCAGUUCUUCGCAGUCCGGGGCGCUUUGUGUCUCGGUGGGAGGCGGCAGCCGGGUGCCAUGGCGCUGCGCGUGGCCGUGUUCGACCUUGACGGGGUGCUGGCGCUGCCCUCGGUCGCGGGCGCCCUCCGCCGCGCCGAGGAGGCCCUGGCGCUGCCCAGAGGUUUCCUGAGUGAAACUUUCCAGAAAGAUGGGCCGGAUGACCUCAGUACCCGCCUCAUGAAAGGGGAGAUCACAUUUUCCCAGUGGGUGCCCCUCAUGGAAGAAAACUACAAGAAACACUCUGCAGCGUCUGGAAUCCACCUCCCAGAGAAUUUCUCCAUAGGUCAAAUUUUUAGCCAGGCAGUGUCCUCAAGAAACAUCAACCAGCCCAUGCUUCAGGCAGCACUGGCCCUCAGAAAGAAAGGGUUUACGACUGGCAUCUUCACCAACAACUGGCUGGAUGACGGCACUGAGAGAGGCAGCGUGGCCCGGCUGAUGAGUGAGCUGAGCCCGCACUUUGACUUCCUGAUAGAGUCGUGUCAGGUUGGGAUGAUGAAGCCCGAGCUGCAGAUGUACAAGUUCCUGCUGGAGACCGUGAAGGCCAGUCCCGGUGAGGUUGUUUAUCUGGAUGACUUUGGGAGCAAUCUGAAGCCGGCCCGUGACUUGGGAAUGGCCACCAUUCAUGUCCAGGACACCGACACAGCCUUGAGAGAGCUGGAGAAAGUCACCGGGCUGCAGCUUCUCAGUCCCGCAGCCCCCCUGCCGGUCCCCUGCAGUCCUAAUGACGUGGGCCACGGGUACGUGACCGUGAAGCCUGGGGUUCGCCUUCAUUUUGCCGAGCUGGGCUCUGGCCCCGUUGUGUGCCUCUGCCAUGGAUUUCCUGAGAGCUGGUUCUCUUGGAGGUACCAGAUCCCAGCCCUGGCCCGCGCGGGUUACCGGGUUCUAGCGAUGGACAUGAAAGGCUAUGGAGACUCAUCCUCCCCUCCUGAAAUAGAAGAGUACGCCAUGGAAGUAUUGUGUAAGGAGAUGGUAUCCUUCCUGGAUAAGUUGGGCAUCCCACAAGCCGUGUUCAUUGGGCAUGACUGGGCUGGCGUGCUGGUGUGGAAAAUGGCUCUGUUCUACCCCGAGAGAGUGAGGGCAGUGGCCAGUGUGAACACUCCCUACAAGCCAGAAAAUCCCAGCAUACACCCCAUGGAGGUCAUAAAAAACAUCCCAGUUUUUAACUACCAGCUCUACUUCCAAGAACCCGGAGUGGCGGAGGCAGAAUUGGAACAAAACUUGAGUCGAACUUUCAAAAGCUUCUUCCGAGCAAGUGAUGAGGGCUUUCUGUCGGUGCACAAAGUCACUGAAAUGGGAGGCCUCUUUGUGAAGACUCCAGAAGACCCCAGCCUCAGCAAGAUAGUCACAGAGGAAGAAAUCCAGUUCUACAUCCAACAGUUUAAGAAGACUGGAUUCAGAGGUCCCCUAAACUGGUACCGGAACAUGGAACGAAACUGGAAGUGGGGUUGCAGAGGUGCUGGACGGAAGAUCCUGGUCCCAGCCCUGAUGGUCACCGCGGAGAAGGACUUUGUUCUCACUCCUCAGAUGUCCAAGAACAUGGAGGACUGGAUCCCCCACCUGAAAAGGGGAAACAUUAAGGACUGUGGGCACUGGACACAGAUGGAGAAGCCUGCGGAGUUGAACCAGAUCCUCAUUGAGUGGCUGGAUGCUGAAGUCAAGCACCUGCCGGUGGUCUCCAAGAUGUAGCCGGUGGCUCAUUCCCUGCAGUGCUUACAUUCUGCAUGGGGCUGAAGGAGGGCUCUUGUCCGGAUGUGGCCUUCACUUCACCUCUUGUAACCUGCAGCAUUGCUCUCAAGGGGUUGGACAAAAUGGUUCUCUUGAAGUCCUUCAAAGACGCUGUAAUUUUAGAUCCAGGAGGAAUCGUGUGUGAUUAGUACUUUGGGUAUAAUUGCAUCUUCCAUUGAGCUCUCACAACCAUUAGUGCCCUGACAGGACAGAGCGGGGACAGCCCAGGGUGAUUUGUCUUUGAGCAGUGUUUUGCAAGAAAAUUUGCAGUUCAUUUUGAAGCACCUGAGCAGAGAUUAGGAGCCUUUGUUCAGUAAAGCUUAGACUAGGGA